CCGGCCGCGGGCGGCGGGGCCAUGGACCUGGUGGUUACGGAGGAGCUGGCCCGCGCCGAGAGCCAGCAGGAUGCUGCCUCCCUGAAGAGGGCCUAUGAGUUGAUUAAGUCAGCCAACCUGGCGAAAUCGGAGUUUGACCCGACAGAAAGCUUCAGCCCCGACCUGUUCGUUCUGUGUGCGGAACAGGCCCUGAAGAUGGGGCAACCAGAGGUGAGCGAGGACUGCAUCCAGAUGUACUUCAAGGUGAAGGGGCCAGUCACGCAGUUUCUGGGUCGAGCGCACCUGUGCAGGGCCCAGCUGUGUGCCCCCAAGUCCACCGAAAACCUGGAGGAAUUUGAAAAUUGUGUGACUCAGUAUAUGAAGGUGAUCAACUUUGCCAAAGGAGAACCGAGGUACUACUUCCUGCUGUACAACGCCUCAGUCCUCUACUGGCAGACGGUGAGGCCGCUUCUCAAGCCUGGAUAUCGUCACCAUCUGAUCUCCAGCCUCUCCCAGAUUGUGAAUGUGCUGAAUCAAACUGAGGAAGAGGACAAGGCCUGGCGGGCAGAGCUGAUGCUGGAGCUUCUGGAGUGUUAUCUGCAGGCUGGAAAAAAGGAGGAGGCCGCUAAGUUUUGCACCACUGCAGCACCGUUCAUAAAAGCUAACGUGCCACAGAAAUAUCGACAAAUAUUUUCUGUUAUGGUGCGACAUGAAUUAAUGGAUGAGCUUCAAUUAAAAGAAGAAAAGAAAACUUCCCUUAGCCUCUCUGUCACUUUCCACAUUAAUAUGCUAAAAGCAAAAUUGGAUAAAAAUGAUAUACCUGAAGACGUCAACAAAAUUCUGAAGAAGACCUAUAAACAUUUAGGUUAUUACAAUCACCAGUACUUCCCUUCAAUCAGAGAAGAAAAAAUUCUUUUGCUGUUUGAAUUAGCUCGUCUGUCUUUGAUCUUGAAAUGCGAGGAGGUCUCCUCUGGCUGCCUCUCAGACUUGAAGAAAAUUGACAGCAAAGAUCCUGGGAAGCUGAUUGAAAUUGAAUGCCUGGAGUAUGAAUUAGAAGCUUUAAGACUUGAAAAUAAAAUUAAAAUCUAUAUCCGAGCGGCUGUUGAGACCCAGCUGAAUAUAAUACGGAGACUUGACAUUACGCUCCAGCGAGCCAUCCGCCUGGGCGACCCCCGGGUCAUCCAGGUGGUGUGCACCACGCAGUGGAACACAUGUCUGCCUCUGCUGCAGCACAACCUGAGGCACCACCUGCGGAAGCCGCUGACCAGCAUCGUGGAGGUCCUGGAGAAGGUGGACAGCCUCAUGGUCCUGCUCCGCUGCCAGGCGCACAUGGAGAUGGCGUGCAUCGAGGAGGAUGAGGACCGGCUGGAGCCUGCCAUGGAGCACCUGCAGAAGGCCAUGCGCCUGGACAGCCUGGGCCUCUACCAGGACAAGCUCUGGAGGGCCGUCAACCGGCUGCGCCUGUGUACCAUGCUGUACCAGUCCCCCACGCGCCCCGAGGAUAAGGCCACCAUGGCCAUCGAGCAGGCAAAGAAAGCUAUCCCAAAAGACAGUGUCAGGGAGAAGCGGGCUCUGCUGGUGAACGCGGGCCUGGCCCUCGCCCCCGACACCUUCCGGAUUGUGCUCGACAGUGAGAACGAGGCCAGAGUUUCCACCGGGAAGAACAGGGGCCGGUUCACCUACCUCUGUGCGAAGGCGCGGCACCACAUCAUCAGCGUGGACAAGGCCACCGGGCACCUCCGGCGUCUGGGGAAUGAGAAUGACAAGGAGCGAAUUCAGAUUUGGGCAGAGCUUGCCAAAGUUGCCCGGAAGCAAGGUGUGUGGGACGUGUGCCGGGCAGCAAGCCGCUUCUGUCUCCUGUACGACAACGUCAAGGUGAAGAAGCCUGCGAGGUGGAAGAGAGGAAAGAAGAAGAAGGGCGGAGCAAGCUCGGUGCAGGACGCCUGGGGCCAGUCAGAUGCCACCCUGCAGAGGCAGGUGUCCCCCAGCCUGUUGCGGAAGUUCGCCGAGGUGGGGUUCAUCAAUGCUGAGGCCACUGUCCACUUGCUGCGGUCAGAAGGUGUAGAGCUAAAUGACUGUCCCAGGCCCCCUGAGGACUUGAGCCAGCACCCAGCCGGCUACACGCUCGAGUCUGCAGAGGACAACGCAGAGUGGAUCAUGUACCGGAACUGGAUAGAGGGUCUGUCGCACUACGCCAUGAGCAACUGGCUGCGGUCUGCUGAGAUCGGACAGGAGAUACAGGAGGCCUGGAUCGUGCAGAACGCCGUGGUCUACGUCCUGAAUCACAACCACCAUCUCCUCGUGGCCGGGCGGCAGAAAGAGCUUGUGGAUACCUUGUGUCACCUCCUGAGCAUCGUCAAGGCCACAGGCCACAGCGGGGACCCCGUGAUGCUCGCGAUGCUCUGCAAUGCUUUGGCUCGAGGCUUGAUUAUCAGCUGGAUUCCAACCCAGACACCAGAAAAAUCUAGAAGACUUGUGCGACCAAACCUGCUUCAUGGGCCGCCAGACUCAGGAGCCAGCUCUGCAGUGAGGACUGCAGUGGAGGUCUGCGAGUUUGCCCUGAGCCUGACCAACGGGACGGUGCCCCAAGAGGUGGUGCCCACCAAUGCCCGACAGCAGCUCAUCGCCACCUGGGUGAAGGGCAAGCAGCUGCUGCAGCAGCAGAUCGGGCCGCGGCUGGGCCCAGAUGAGCAGAGUAACAGUGAGGAGGUCAACUCGGUGACCAGAGUUCUUGUCGCUCUGGAGAUGUACUCCUGCAACGGGCUGGGCCUCAUGGACUUCAACGUGCCCCCCUUGGCUCAGGUGGUGAAGAUGGCGUCUGAGUGCAACUGGUCAGACCCCCUGGUGGAGCUGCAGACCCUGACGCGCCUGACCCACUUUGCCUUCGCGGCCCACGACCACGAGACCACCAUGGCGUGCUCGCAGAAGGCUCUCCAGAUGGGCAUUAGGUACCUGCGGAUAUUUGGCCCGGAGGAGGCUCGGCUGGUGGCGGAGAUGCUGAGCACUGUGGCCUGCACGCAGGGCAGGAGCGUCCUGGAGAACCUGAGGGGGAGGAAGCGGCUGCGCCUGCCGGCUACCAGGGCCUUCCUGGAGAGCAUGAGGUUUGGGGGCAUCGCGGGGAGCAGUGCCCUGGUGAUGUUGGCCGCCCGGCACUACUGGAACGCCUGGCUCCCGCUGCUGUCCUCUGCGGGCAACAGGAAGAAAUGCAGGAGUGCCUUACGGAGGAUCAUCAGCAUCAUCAACAAGACGGAAGCGAGAAAGCAGGAAAAGGGGAAAAUGCUGCUUCUGCACCAGUGGCCUACAGCGGACUUCCAGAGUGGAGGGACCACUGAAGGUUGUUUUCUCCCAGGGGCCGAGGAUGACCUGACGCUGCGCGCAGCACUCUACGGCCUGCUCUUCCACUGCCACGCUGACCACGCCGACUGGGAGGGCGGCCUCAAGGUGCUGGACGAGGCUGUGCAGGUGCUGCCGCGGACGGCACACCGCCUUUUGAUUUUCAAGCACAUGGUCAUUGUGAAGGCCAAGCUUGGCCAGAAUUUUACGAUGGAGAUACAGAAAUUCAAGGACGAGAGUGAAGAUUAUGUGGCACACAUGUGGCACCGCCUGGCCUUGAACUCCAAGAACGUCUUCGGAGAGCUGACCUGCUAUCAUAAUGCAAUUCAUGUCUUACAGAAGCCCGAGAGUGAGUGGCAGAAAGUUGACUAUAUCAUGGAAUUCAGUGAGUGGCUGUAUUACAAACAGUUUCCUAUCAACGACGUGAUCUUCCACCUGAAGUGGGCGAUCGACAUCCUGCUGAUGAUGAAACCUGCCAGGGACACACCUGAGCUGGCAGAGGAGCAUGCACCCCCCGAGGCAGCCCCAGAGAGCCCACUGUCCGAGGACAUGGGGACAGCCUCCUUGGAAAGGCUGCACAGCGUGCGGCAGUUGGAAUCACUGGCCCGUGCCCACAUCCUGCUGGCCCUGAUGGUGUCCCAGAGCGCCACCAGCUACCAGGACUACUGCCUCAUGGCCUACGCCUUCCUCAGGCGCAUCUGGCAGGUUUCUUUAUUAACAGCAGGAAAGUCCAUUUCAGAAAGUAAAAUUCCAGCAGCAGCUAGUUCACAUUUGUUGUUGACUAAAAGGGAGAAGGAGAAGGAGAAGGAGAGGAGCAACGACAAGGAUGCAGAGAAGGGCAGAGACCAGAAGCAGUGUCAAACCCCAGUUCCUAGGAAACAACCUGAAGAUUUACCAGCAAGCAUAGAAGAAUGGGCUUCCUAUUCUUGCCCUGAAGAAGUGAUAUCUGUAUUUAAACAAGAUAAAAGCGACUUUACAAUUAACACAUCAAGUAUCCAGAAACCGACGUACAGUUUAUAUUAUCUGGACCACUUGGUCAAGGCCCUGCAGAAGAUGUCCCUUUAUGAGCUCACGAUCCCAGUCCUACAGUUGGGUGUACUAAUUGCAGCCUGUGUGGUAGAAAGCAAGAGCCUCAAAGAUCUCUACCACCUUCGACUUGCCCUGGUUUGUUCCGAGUUGAAGCUGCGAGAAGCAGCCGCUUACCAUGAAGAAGUGGUCGGGCAGACAUACCUCGGAGAAACGGAGCAGGCCAGCUGCAGAAAAGAAAUUUCCUUGAGAAAGGAGAAAAAUAAGGAAUCGCUAUUAGAAGAGAGUCUGCCAGCACUGAAUGAGCCCGUACCUCCAGUCCAGCAAGCGGAGUUGAAGCCCCUCAUAGCAAAGGAUGAGAUUUUGAAGAUAAACGGAGAGGCCGGGAGAGGCCUGGAAGGAACAUCCUUUCCCCAGUUGUGGACCCUCAAAGCGGAGGUUCUCCUUGAGAUGGACCUGUACCAGCCUGCGAGACUGCUCCUGUCGGAGGCAUACCUGGCCUUCCAGGAGCUUGAGGAUCCUUGUGCAGAAUCAAGAUGCCUGCACCUUCUAGCACAGUUGGCAAACAAGGAGAAGAACUACGGACAAGCUAGGAAGAUGAUUGAGAAGGCUCAGCUCCUGGGAGGAAGUGAGGAGUUUUGGUACAGUUCAACCCUGACUCUGGCAGAUACACUCUUGUCCGUGGAAAGUGAAGGAAGAGAAGUGGUGGUCUGCCAACUGUUUCAAAAACUCAUAGGUGCCUUCAAGGUUCUCAAGAAAGAAAGACCUAACCGAACACCUAUAUUGGAAUUUAUGACCACAGACCUAGAAGCCAGGUGUGUGAGCCUCCGCGUGAAGGCCUCCCAGGAGCCAGUGGAGGGCGAACCUUCUGAGCGCUUGCUUCUGCUGAACAAAAUGGAUGCCUGCUUUUUGGAAAUUGAGAAGAAGUUUAUCAGCUGUGGCUACCAGGAGAACUGUGUGGAUAUAAAGCUGGAGCGCGCAAAGAUGAAGAGGUUGUGUGCCGAAAAUGAGAAAGAUGAAGAGCGGAAGACGGCGUAUUACUUGGCAGCGUAUGGCUUGGCCCAGAGAGCCGUGGCUGAAGAAGAAGAGAGAUUUCGCAGGAUUCAGGGUUUACUGUCCCUUCAAGGUGUGCAGAAGGCCAACACCCCGCUGAUGAGGAAGCUGGCGCACCUCAAGCUGAGCCUUGCAGAGGCAUCUCUGGACUCGUUGCGGCUCGCCCAGGAGGGGGCCCUGCAGCGGCAGCUUGAGCAGGGCCCCACGGAUAGGCUGCUGGCCAGCUACCUGCAGAGCACGAGCGACUACACUUCCACCGGCUGGCAAUGGUUCACGCUGAAGCGGACCCUGGCCCAUAUUGCGCUGGCGCAGCUGGGGAGCCUGCCGCCGCUGUGUGUCGGCUGCGUGGAGAUCCGCGCCCGGCUCCUGGGCCUGGCCGGGAAGGCCCUCCACCUGCUGGCCGUGCACACAGACCCCGUGCGCCCCGCCCUCUACUGGGAGGAGAGCCUCUCGGCGGGUGCGGAGCUGAGCAAGGGUCUGGAGAUAAUCCAGGAGGACGGAGACAGCGAGGAGCACUCCAGCGACCUGCCGGCCUUCAGGGCGGCCCCAGAGGAGCACAGCAGGAAAGGCUCGGAUCUGAAGAGGAGGAUGGCGCUGGCCCGGCGGUACCUGGCCCAGGCAUCCGAGGUGCUGCUGCAGUGCCUACAGGUGGCCCUGGGCAGCAGCCUCCUGGACGUCGCGGCAGCCGCCAGCCUGGAGAUGGUGGAGUGCAUCGGCGCUCUGGACCCGGCGGCCGCCUGCCAGUUCCUGGCCUUGUCUCAGAGCUGCGCAGCCUCGGCAAUGAUGCGCGACGUUCUGCUCACGGCCACGGCCAACACCAGCAGCUCGCAGCUGGCAGCCCUGCUGCAGCUGGAGCACAGGCUGAGGCGCCAGGAGAGGACCUCCACCAGCCUGUUCGCCAGUGUGGAGCAGAGGCUGGCUGCCGUUUCCAAGGCUUGGCAAAAUCUCUGCGUCACUGAGCAACACUUUAACCUCUUGAACGAAAUUCCUCCUGCUGUUCGGAUCCUCAUUCUGCACCACUCACGAGACAGGACCCAUCUGUACGGCGCUGCCUAUGAGAGACCCAAGGUCAUCCCUGCAGCCAAAGGGAAGGUGCUCCAAGUGGGGGGCUCCUGCAAGGUGGCUCGGGUGGCCGUGAGCCCGGCCACCUUCUCCUGCCUAUUGGCCAGCGCCCAGCAGUUCCGGGAACAGGCCCAGGCCGAAGUGUACAGUGAGGACGUGGCCCUGAGCCCAGGCUUGGAAGCAGAAAGGGAGGGGUGCCUUCUGCAGAGACUCAGUGAUGUCCUGGAGACCAUGGAGGAGUACCUGAGACCGCUGCUCUCACUGCUCAGCUGCCCUGAAGCCAGAACACAGGUCCCCACAGUCGUCGCAGAUCUGGGGAAAUUGAAGAGCAAAGACAAGGAAAGGAAGCCAUCCCUGCCCCAGGUUCAGCCCGAGGCUGCAGACAUCGUCCUCAUUGUGGACAGGGAUCUUCUGGAGCUGCCACUGGAAGGUCUCUCUGUGCUCAAUGAAGGGAUGGUCUCCUCUGUGUCACGAGAAUUUUCUCUCCAAAUGCUAUGCAAUCGCCUCCAGGAAGAGGAGACAGAAGGGAACGUGAAAAAGAAGGAAGGCAGAGGCAAAGAGCUGAAGAAGAGAAGUCCAGGAAAGAAGGGCGGGAAGGGCAGCAUGCCCCGGCUAAUCCCCCCUGACUGCCUCGUAGUCGACUCAGACAACUUCACGUUCAUCGUAGACCCCUACGAGGAGGCCCAGGGCAUAGGAACACUGACUCCUGUCUCCGUAACCCGGGAAAUUUUGGAAAGAUACCGAGACACAUUCACUGCGAAAUGGAAGGGACACCUGGGAAACACACACUUCCCAAGCCAGGCUGAGUGGGAGCAGCUCCUGGGCGGCUGCAGCGGUUUCUUCUUCUACGGGAUGGAGCACGUCCUGUCGCACGUGUUAGUGGAAAGGCUGGCCGCCAUGAACCUAGAAGAGUGCCAGAUGAUGGUCCUGCUGGACCUGACUCGGUCCUACGAGAGCAUGCGGCGGCAGAUGGAGGUCUCGGAGAACAAGAGUGCCCUCCAGCUGUCCUUGGAGGAGCCCAUCCAGACUGCCAUCCUUCUGAGUCUGGUGGGGGUCAGGAGCAUCCUGGCGAACCAGUGGCCGACGCUCUUGCAGGACAACGCGCUUCGGGCCAGCGUCUUGUGGGAAAAUCUGUUGACAGUUGGCAGGCCGGUCGGGAGAGCCGUCCGUCUCCUGCAGACGAUGGGAGCCAGUGAAAUGGUUCACCACGACGAGUCUCUGCGGACCUCCAAGGACAAGCUGAUGUGCCUCCAGCCACAGCCCCACUCUGAGCGUCUCCCUGUCACCCUCAACCUGGUCCUCUACGGGCUGCCGCACCUGGCCAUCAGCUGAUGGCGGCCUGGGCCCACCUCCCCA